AUGCCGACCAGUUUCCUCGGCAGCGCCCUCCGGGGCACCUUCUUCUUCAUUUUUGGUCUCUGGUGGUCCGUGCGGUACCCCCUGAAGUAUCUCAGGAGGAAAGGCGGUGCCGAGAGCCACCCGAGCUAUGGGAUCCAGCGCGUGGAAAUCUUCGAAGGGGCAGUCAAAGCUUUCUUUGCUUUAGCAGGGAUAUUGGUGGAGCAGUUUGUUCCCACUGGGCCCCACCUGCAGCUGUACAGCACCGAGACGCACAGCUGGGCAGACCUCACCCCCUGGCACUACACCACCGUGUACCUCUUCUUCCUCGUCUCCGGCAUCGUGGACGUCGUCUCGCACUCCCCACUCAAGCUGCCGCUUGGCUUAGACCGGCUCCCCCGGUCCCUGCUGGCCAUGGCUAUCUUCGCCGGAGCCCUCUGUGCCCUCCUGGAGGUGUUUCUCCGAGACCACAUCAUCCUGGAGACCUUCAGGACCAGCUCCUUCCUCCUCCAGGGCUCUUGGCUCUGGCAGGUCAGUGGCUGCAACGAGUCCUGCCAGCUGAAAUUCGGGGACAUCGACGUGGAGCUGGACUGCGGCAUGUGCAUCCGCAAGAGCAAGCAGAGCUCCGGCGGCGCCUUGCUGCCGGAGAGCGCCUCGGAUGACAAAUGA